AUGUUAAUCUAUACAGCCAACAUGGAUGUUUCUACCGUUCUUACACCACCUUCUUCACCCACUUGUGCUUCACAACAUUAUGAAUGUGCAGUUUGUAAGAUCUUAUACAAAACUAAAUCUGGUUUAAUGCAUCAUAAUACUAUUGUACGAAAAUACAACCUGAAACAUGAAGGAUUGUGCAGAUUGCCUUCUGAAGUGAUAACUGAGUUUAAAGCAUUUCUUGUUCAUGUUAUUCAAAGCAAACUUAAAGGACAUUUUUCUCAAUCAGAUUCACCAAACCGGGUGGAAUCGCCCAAUUCGGGCUAA